AUGACCUCCGGCUGGAACAUGGUGGACGGCAGUAUUGACGAGACUUUAAAAGUGUUGGAAAAAGAAAACGCCAUGGCAGAAUCCCUAAAGGAAUUGAGAAAACAGAAAAAAAAUCGGACCCGCCAGCUGAAGACGCUGCACGCCGAGCGCAUGGAAUUGUGUGCCAAGCUCGGGAUGACAGAUCUGAACUUUUACUACGACAAUGGACCCAUUCCAACUGAGGAAGAUUUGAAAGAGCUAAAGCAGCAUGUGACAGAGCUCGAACGAGAGCAGGAAAUCCGCUCGAGGAAGGUCUCUGCACUAAGGAACAGCAUCAUCGCUAAGGUCAAGCUUCUCGACGUACAACCUGAGGCAGAGCUAGUGAUGCAGCUGAUCGAGGACCAGGAAGGCUUCAGCCUGACUACACAAAACAUCGAGGAAGCCUCAGCAUUCCUUGCGAGGCUGGAAAAACUGGAAGAGGGCAGGCGCAACGAGCUUGCCAUCCUGCUGCACCACCAGACAUUGUUGCAUGACUGGCUCGAAGUGCCGCCUGAAGAGCAGGGCCGCAUCCCGAGUGCCGGCAGCGGUCUCAUUCCUACCAGAAUGGCAGCGCUCAAGAACAAGCUUGCCGAGUACGAGCAUCUAAAUCAACUCCACCUACCUCAGUUCUACAACAAAGUGAAGGACGAGAUCACCAUGUGGUGCCAGAAGUGCGAUCUUCCACAGAACCUGGUGCACCCCGAUGAUGACUGUGAAGGGGUCACCGAAGAGCGCCUGUCAGUGCUGGAGGAGAAGCUGAAGAUUAUGAAAGACUUAUAUUCUGAAAACGAAGGCAUUAUUGCCAAAGUAAAGGCCUAUAAAAAUUUCUGGAAUAACUAUACGGAACUGGAGAGGCAUGCCAGGGACCCAUCUCGCCUGAAGAACCGAGGAGCUCGCCUCCUCAUUGAGACAAGACAACGGCAGCGGCUGCAGAAUAAACUCACGAGGCUGAGGAAGGAAAUUGAAGAUUACAUCGCCCUCUACAGCGGUAGGAACGAGAUGUUCCCACUGUGGAGUGCGCAGUUCCUCGCCUACCUGGAAUCCCAGCAGCACGCACGCGCUGAAGAAAAACAGCGGGAAUGCCUAGAAAGGUCUAAAGAAAAAUCGUCGCAAAGCCGCGCAAGGAAGCUCAAGCAGCUUCACACCACUGCCAUGCGGGAGACAGUGGAGUGGGACCUCCAAGGUGCCCCGAUUAGGGACAAGCAGUGCCACUCCCGCGUCCAGCAGCCGCGUAGGCAGGACACCUGGCCCCCUGGUGGCACACCGCCGCCCAGCAACCCGCACUGGAACGGCUUCUGCAGCAGCUGCAACAGCCGUCCGGCGGCGCUCGCUGAAGUACCUGCCGUGCAUUACAUCGACCCAAGCACCGUGUGCGCCAGAGGAAAGGAGACUGCGGCAAUCAGUAGCAGUUACAGGAGGAAAGCGGCCAGUGGGCGACAGCUGUCCGCGGGAAAAGGAAUUGACGAGGAUAGCGCAUGCACCAGCACAGCUGGACAAGUCAGUGAGGCGACCGCCAUGGACGCCUUCGCGGAGCGUCUGCUUCCACACGUGCAUGGUGCGGAGCAUGGAACAGUGAAAGCCAAGUGCGUGUCGCAGGUGUUCGACAAGAUUGUUACGACGUCGAGUUAG